AAUAGCUGAGACAACUGGUAGUCUCACACACUCGUAAAUUUCUCAAACUAAGAACUAAUUAAGAGCUUCACUUACACAUCUUCUCUUUCAACGAAAGACAUGGCAAAACUCAUAACUUACCUUCUCUUUGUCACCAUUCUCUUUUCUUUCAUCUUUCUCACUAUGUCAAAAGAAGCAGAGUACAAUCCAGAAAGUUAUGGAGCUGGAAGUCUCAAAUCAUACCAAUGUGGAGGGGAAUGCACGAGGAGGUGCAGCAACACCAAGUACCAUAAGCCAUGCAUGUUCUUCUGCCAAAAGUGUUGUGCUAAAUGUCUUUGUGUUCCUCCAGGCACUUACGGCAACAAGCAAGUGUGUCCUUGCUACAACAACUGGAAGACUCAACAAGGUGGACCAAAAUGUCCUUGAAGUUAUGGAAAACAACAAUCUAUUUAAUUAGUACCUUUCUAUAACUAAUUAUAGUAUGUUUUCAAAGUGAUGAUUAUGAAGUUAAAUUUAGUAUUAUGUAUAACCAACGUCAUACUUCUCAUAUAAGUUUAUGUAUCUUUUAUAUUUGUAUCUUAUAAUAUUGUUGGAUCCGUAUACAAAAAGUUUAUGUACCUUCGAAUUGAGAAAUAUAUUUGUAUCUGUAA